GAACUGCAGUCACGUGAUCUGCAACAACUUCCGGGUUGGCGUCGAAAUUGACACAAACUGUUUUCUGGCGACAUCUAGUGGUGAAAGACCGGGAAGUACACAUAAUACAUAUUUGUUUAUUUUGGUGUCUUCAUCUCACCUUAAAUAAUGCAUUAAUAUUAAUUCUUCAUACAAAUUAGUUUUUAUUUUUUUUAUGAUAUAUUUUUAUUUUGUUUUUAAAAGUGGAACAAAGGGAACUGUAUCUAAAUUUCAUUCUCCAACCUUGCGCUGUAAAUGACAAUAAAAUAACCUUGAGUCCUUGAAAACGCCUGAAAAAAACUCCUGAAUGAAGAUAUUUUAACUUAAAUACAUUAUUGCAUCACUGUGGCACCGGUAAAGCAAAAGAAACAUCUAAAGGUGGCAGUAGAAAUAAAUAAAGCUGUGUUCCCAAAUGGUCUGACAUUUUUCCUAAUGUAUCUAUUUCAUUGAACUUAACCCCAUCACUUACUCUAAAAUGUGUCCAUAACUAAUGUCUGUUCUUAAACACUUUAUUUUUAAAAUUAAUUUAAAUUAAAAUGUUUAAUUUCAUAGCAUUUGACACCAAAUUAUAAUAUAAUAUAAUUCUGUAAAACUCACAGGCUGUAUUUUCCUGCAUUGAGUGCUUUUAUUUUUGAUACUUAAAGUACAGUUCACUAAUAAUAUUUGUGUCUGUGUGUAUAUAUAUCUGCAAUACAGGACUUGUAGAUUAUUUGUGUAAGAGUAAAGUAACUUUAAUGAACAAUAUGACAGUGCUUUCAGUGCAAUCUGCAAGUAUUCACAUGUAUCAGGUCAAUUUUCAUUUAUUUAUGGAUUUUAUUAUUGCCAUGCAAGUACAUGUGUUCCUCAUUUUAGCUGCUUUGCACAACAUGUUUGGCUUCCUCAUUCAUUGUGCUUUACCGAAAUAUCACAAAGUAUUUUACUAUAUGAAAGAGUAGUUCAGGCGUUCAUAAUUUAAAAUUUAAUAUGACAUGUUUGUUUUGUCAGGAACAGGCUGGAGAUUUACGUCAAAGCAUAUCUGCUUUUCCAUUUCUCCCAGAUCCACAGCAGUGUGGCAACUGUUGCUGUUCAUUCAACACACGCAUGCUUGACGUAUUCUGUAUUCUCUUCUUUAUCUCCCAUGCAAGAAAGAGAGGGAACAGAAGAAGAAGAGAGGGAUAGUGGAAAAAGUGGAGGAGGGUGUGGUCUCAUCCCGGCAGUUGAUGCACCUCCUGCUUCUUUCUCAGUGGAUUCUGCACAUCAGUGAGAUCUGAUGCUUCUCCUGCAUCAACCUCACAUUGUUUCAGCAUCCUGGAUGGUCUGGACCUCCCAAACUGUGGGAUGAGUGCACCUGAAGCCGAGCCCAGGAGUAAUAAGAUCUCCCGAUUUAAAACCAAAGAAGUUCAUUUGUUGUUUAUUUGUGGAGUCUCUUCAGUUCCCAUCAUCCAACUGGUUAGAUGUGUGCACAGCAACAGGCAGCAGGUUUGAACUAUCAGUUUUCCAUGACUGUGGAAUCAUCAUGAACGUGAGUGGUACCUGUACGGCAGAGAUGCCGUAUGGAUACCAACCCCGCUUUAAAGGGCUUUACAUCGCCACUGAGCUCAUCAUCGCCGUGCUGGCCAUCAUUGGCAACUUCCUGGUUUGCCUGGCUGUCACCCGCAACAAGAAACUUCGCACUGUCACCAACUACUUCCUGGUGUCAUUGGCAGUGGCGGACAUCCUGGUGGGAUUGGUGGCCAUUCCCUGUGCAGUGCUGACAGACCUGGGUCAACCUCGCCAUAACCUGCCCCUCUGCCUGGUGAUGCUCAGCAUGCUGAUAGUGCUCACACAGAGCUCCAUCCUGAGUAUGUUAGCAGUAGCAGCGGAGCGUUACAUGGCCAUCCUCCUGCCCUUCCAGUACCAGCGUGUCAUGAGUCCCGGGAACGCCCGGCUGGCCCUGCUGCUCACCUGGGGCCUGGCAGCCAUCUCCGGCUCUGUGCCCCUCAUGGACCCGCAAAAACUACCAGCAGACUCUGACUACUGUAUCUUCACCUGUGUGGUGGACAUGGCCUACAUGGUCUACUUCAACUUCUUCUGCUCCUUCCUGAUGCCGCUGGUGGCCAUGUUCAUCAUCUACGGCCACAUCUUCCUCACCGUCCGCCACCAAAUCAGACGCAUCGCUGUGGCCAGGGGAACCACAGAGGACAUGACAACUGUUGGUAGUGGGAGCACUGGGACAGAGGACACUGGGAGUUCAGCUGCUGGGGCGACCACGGGAGUUGGAGCAGACAUGAGGACAGCAGAGGGAACCGGGCAUUUGAAAAAAUGUAAGAUUGAAGUGAGGGCUGUGGAAGAGCCUGGCAUUGGGUCUCUUAUUGAAACUGAGACUACCACUGUCUUUAUGAAGCCAGGGCUCAGGAUCGCCUCAGCUGGAUCUACCAGCUCCAGCAGUGGCCCUGCUGACCCUCGUCCAGGAGAGUCCACCAGGGCCAAAUCCAACAUACGCACCUGUCAGGAGCUGCGUAAGGCCACCUCCCUCUUCCUGGUCCUGUUUCUCUUCAUGGUGUGCUGGAUGCCCAUCCACCUCAUUAACUGCAUCCUGCUGCUCUGCCCACAGUGUGAGGUGCCCAUGUCAAUCACACUAGCAGCCAUUUUGCUUUCCCACGCCAACUCGGCCCUCAACCCGAUCCUGUACGCGUACAGAAUGAGGUCAUUCCGACACACUCUGGUAGGAAUGUGGAGAGGAAUGUGGAGCGUUAGGGCAAAAUGUCAGUAGAGCAGCACUGGAGGUGACGAGAGCAAACCGUCGCUGCUCAGGGUCAGGGAAAUGGUCAAAACUUUAAAAAUUGGGACUUACAAGCGUUUAUUAAAGAAUGUAACUUUGAUCAAAAUGUGGUUCUUCAGUGCUGACCCAAAAUGUCCUCCCUCAAGCACUGAAUCAGCCAAUAGCAAGCCUCCAAAGUGCCUGAUAACAAGCCACUGAACAGCCACUGAACACUACCUGCUCAGCACCAAACAGCAGACAGACACAUUAGCAGCUAGAUGGUGAACAUAGUGGAGCAUUCAGUGGCUAAUAAGAUUUUUCUCUCAGGAUAAAAGAGACUUAGUUUCAUCAGGUGGACACAAACACAACUGUAAAUGAAUGCCAAUGUUUCUCUGCGACUGCUGGAUGUGAAAAUAAGGAACUGUUUGCGAACUCGUUUACCAUGUCAUUUUUAAAAGGUUGCACUGCCCCCAGGUGGCGAAAAAUAAAUCAAUUAAUGCAGCUUUAAAGGAUGAAAGGGCUCUAACAGAUGUACAUUAACUUUAGUCUUUGAAUAGAGCUCAGUGUUUAUAUUUCACUGGAUUGAAGACCAAGUCUUAAAGGGAGAAUUUACACUUGAAAAAAUAUUGUAUAUAAAGUUAUAUAAAGUCAUAGUUUAUACUCAAAAGCAGAUCAAGACUUUAAUAACUGAGGACAUUUAUUUUCAAUUCAUUUGACAUGUGACUUAAAUGGAUUUUAGGCUUUUUGGUUUCUUUGCAAAUAUUUUCUCAACAAAAAUUCACUGUUGCUUCUUAUUUUAGAGUUUUAUUUAUUGCAUAUGGUCAUAUUGUUGUUUACAUUGUACACUGAGAACAUGGCUGUUGUAAAAGUUGAAUGAGCCGUUCUGUAUGUGUGUAUAGUAACAGUUUAUACGCACUCGAGUUGCACUUUGCCCCUGAUUUGAGCUCGCCUGAAGGCAUUUACUGUUAAACUGCAGGAAACCAUAUUUUCGUGUGGCCCAGCUUUUCAAAAUAAAUGUUUUUGUGCAUUCAUUGUACCCUGCACUUGUUCUAAUCCUGGUUAACAAAUAAAGACAACAAACAGCAAAGAGGCAAAUCAACAUAACUGCGUGCUUUAUUGAUAUACAGUAAAGCAUUUUAUAAUACAGUAGUAAGGCAUAUAUUUGGUGGAAUCUGAUAUGUUGUGAAGUAUUGACGCGUUAUUUGAAAAAUGAUGUGAGAAUGAAACACAAAC